GUCAUCGCACACACAUUAUCAUCUUUGAUCCCGGCCGAGUCCGUCGCAGGCAUGCAUCAUCAUAACAGCGUGAAUUAUUGUUAGUGUUGGUGCACCGCUGGAAUAUUAAACACCACUAUUCACACGUCGGGAUUAUUUGCAGCCGCGAUAAUUGCGGGCGAGCGAGCGAGUUCCAGGAGCCAUUCUAAUAACAAGCGGGCCAUCGACGAGGAGAAACGAGCCGACAAGCAAUAAUAGUCUCGGCGGCUUAUUGCUUGGUGGAAAUGCUGGCUGGAGCCUGCAACGACAGCAUCUAGGCCUUGGCGGUGCAGUGGCAGAGAUAUAGCAAAAGGGAGAGAUGGAGGCGCCGGGAAUGCCUUGGGAGGAACGGCCCUCGGAGCUGCCCAUCGAGAUGCAGUUCAACGACGGCCACGUCGUCGCAAUCGUUGGCUUCUCCAUUCUCUUCGUAAUAUCGGCGAUUGGCAACAUCUACGUCCUCUACAGCAUUUACAAGAGUCCGACCAAGAGACACAUGAACUUGAUGCUAUCGCACUUGGCUGUGGCCGAUUUGAUGGUCACAUUCCUCAUGAUGCCCAUGGAGAUCGGCUGGGCGAUGACGGUGGCAUGGAAAGGCGGUGACCUGCUGUGCCGACUCAUGUCCUUUUUCCGCACCUUCGGUCUCUUCCUCUCGGGAUUCAUGGUCAUGUGCAUCAGCCUGGACCGCUACUUCGCAGUGCUGCACCCGCUGGCGAUGUGCGACGGAAACCACAGGGGACGCCUCAUGAUCGCAACAGCCUGGCUGGCCAGCGCCGUCUUCAGCCUCCCGCAGGUGUUUGUAUUUUCCGAGAUGCGGCAUCCCGAGCACCCGUGGUACACGCAGUGCGUGACGUUCCGGGUGCUGCCCACCCACGGCCAGCAAGUGGUCUAUUCGGUGAUCGGUGUCGUCACCAUGUACAUUGCGCCCCUGGUCACCAUCAUCUUCUGCUACUCGGCGAUCAUCCUUGAGAUCUGCAAGCGGGUAGUCGACACAGGUUCAAAGUUGCGACGCUCCAACUCGGCGAACUUGUACAGAGCGAAAAUCCACACUCUGAAAAUGACGGUGGCCAUCGUGACGAUGUUCAUCGUUUGCUGGACUCCGUACAACAUCAUGCUACUCUGGUACUGGAUUGACCGGAGUGGUGCAUCAGCCGUCGACCAAAAGGUUCAGAAGCUAUUGUUCCUGUUCGGCGCCACCAACUCGAGCUUCAACCCGCUUGUGUAUGGAAUUUUCAGCAUCAAAAGACCAAGCUCGGCGGGCCUCGCGCCCCCGAGCACAGCCAAAAUUACUACCAUAUCGAGGCUGAAAAGGCCAAAUUCGAGUGAGGCCACGCCGGAAAUGCCGCAGAAAAUGAUGCAAGUCUAGACACGCGCGUGCCUCGAGCUUCAGACCCCGUGGGCCGCAAUUUUGUCGAAAACAAACCACAAACUAGUCAGCGAAUUCGGAAAAAUUGGAUGUAAUCAGACCUAUGCAGUACCAAGAUUGAUUUCGAAUAUCCUCAUAUUUUAGCAUUUUGGCCAUUGCAGAUGGGGGUUCAUAUUUUGCGGCAACAACAAUUUUUCUCUAAAAACGUGAAUGCUCUAACCUCAAACUUAAAUGACUUGAUAUAUCCCAUGAAGUCAUAAUUAAUAUAUUUUAUAUUUAUUUUGUUUAAAAAUAUUCAUAAAAGGCAAACCACUGCUUAAAAAUAUUAAUUUAUUUUAAGAUUGGUCAGAUAGGUACCAUUUAUUUUCACUCGAGAAUAAGAUUUUUGGUCUCUCCCUGAACGUGCAAAAAUGUUCAAUUAAUAAAAAAGCACUUUCCUUUUCCUUCUGCGGUUUUGAUAAAACGCGUGAUUGUAGUGAGAUUUUUUUAAUAAUAAUAAUA